GCGGCGGACGCGGCCGGGGCGGACGCGCAGCGGAGCCGGAGCUGGAGCUCGGCCGGCCCCGCGGCAGUGUCACUGGUAUGGGUAAUGGUGUGAGAGAAGCUCCAGUGGAAUUCCAGAGGGAUGUGGAGCCCGGCCCAGCCUGGAUUCCUGCAGAGGAUAACCAGGAGAAGAAGAAAGUGCUGAACUCGCUGAUGUCCGGGGCUCUGGCUGGGGCUGUGGCUAAAACUGCAGUGGCUCCUCUGGACAGGACAAAAAUCAUGUUCCAAGUGUCUUCAAAAAGAUUUUCUGCCAAGGAAGCGUACAGGCUGAUCUAUCACACCUACCUCAACGAGGGCUUCUGGAGCCUCUGGAGAGGGAACUCGGCCACCAUGGUGCGGGUGAUCCCCUACGCCGCCAUCCAGUUCUGCGCCCACGAGGAGUACAAGCAGAUCCUGGGCAACUACUACGGAUUCCAGGGAAAGGCACUGACGCCAUUCCCUCGCUUCAUUGCCGGCUCCCUGGCUGGCACCACGGCUGCCAUGCUCACCUACCCCCUGGACAUGGUCCGUGCCCGCAUGGCUGUCACGCCCAAGGAGAUGUACAGCAGCAUUGUGCACGUCUUCAUCCGCAUAUCCCGCGAGGAGGGGCUGAAAACCUUGUACAGGGGCUUCACUCCCACCAUCCUGGGCGUCAUCCCCUACGCUGGCCUCAGCUUCUUCACCUACGAGACGCUGAAGAAAGUGCACGCAGAGCACAGCGGGAAGGCGCAGCCCUCGCCCCCGGAGCGGCUGCUGUUCGGGGCGUGCGCCGGCCUCAUCGGGCAGUCGGCCUCGUACCCGCUGGACGUGGUGCGGCGCCGCAUGCAGACGGCCGGCGUGCUGGGCCACACCUACAGCUCCAUCCUGCGCACCAUGCAGGACAUCGUGCGCGAGGAGGGACUCGUCAGGGGCCUCUACAAGGGGCUCAGCAUGAACUGGGUCAAGGGCCCCAUCGCCGUGGGCAUCAGCUUCACCACCUUCGACCUGACGCAGAUCCUGCUCCGCAAGCUGCAGCACGGCCCCGGCCUCGACAGGUAGUGGCUUCCUGUGAGAGAGCAGCUCCUUCUUCCCUGGCCUCCCACGUGCUCCUGCAGCUGGGAACUCGCCCGUUUGGUGGGGGUUUUUCCCCUGU